CACUAUCACUACUCGCACAGUGGAUGGGAUGCAUGGGCUGUGACCUCCUCUUCAUGCAUAUAGAUCCUCCUCCUAACCAGGAGCAGCAAGUUGUCCAGAGAAAGUGUCUUUGAGUGGUGGCUGUGUUAGAGAUGUACUCGCCACAGAGGAAGGACUUUGUCUCUCUGACGCUGGGAGACCAACACAGCCGCAGCUACAGCAACGGCAAGCACCGGAGACAGUCCUGCUGGAGGAAAUGGAAGCAGCUCUCUCGGCUUCAGCGCAGCCUGUUUCUUUUCCUGCUGGCCUUCCUGUUCAUCUGCGGGAUUCUUUCCUAUCCCAGCCUGACAGAGCAGUGGAGAGGACUCUCUGAUAGAUCGUUGAAGGAGGACUGGGUUGAAAUGGAUAACAGAGGUCUCAGGCCCAUUCCUCCUGGCCUCGUCCCAAAUCUCCCACCAGGAGUUGUCCCGGGGGUCCAGGACAUCCCACCAGAAGUGAUGCCGGAAAUUCAAAGACCAAGCAUUCCAUUACUUCCCAAACCUCCAGCUAUGAGGAAGCCCCCUAGCAAGCGUGGUCCUCCAGCCCUACAGAAGCGAGGGAAUGUGUUAGACUGGCAGGUGAAAGAUGAAGAAGCAGCCACGGUCAAGAGAGAUGAAGACGGAGGGAAAGAAGCAAAAACAGUCAUUAGCUGGCGUGGGGCGAUGAUCGAGGCGGAGCAGGGGACGGAGCUUCAGUCCACUGCACAUGGAAAAGAAGGAACUGUGGCUGAUGCCGAAGAUUCUGCCAGCUUAAAACCAGUGAAGGCCGUGGAUCGUGUGGAGGCGGUGCGGGAGGCCUUCAGGCACGCAUGGAAUGGCUACAAGGCUUUUGCGUGGGGUCAUGAUGAACUGAAGCCCUUAUCUAAGACCCAUGGAGAGUGGUUCGGCCUGGGCCUCACUCUCAUAGAUGCACUGGACACCAUGUGGAUCUUGGGACUGAAAGACGAGUUUGCCGAGGCCAGGAAGUGGGUUGAGACAGAAUUGUUAUUUUCCAAGAAUGUGGACGUGAAUCUUUUUGAGAGUACCAUCCGUAUAUUGGGGGGUCUCUUGAGCACAUACCACCUGACCGGAGACACUCUCUUCCUGGAUAAAGCUCAAGACAUUGGGUCCAGAUUAAUGCCUGCCUUCAAAACCCCAUCUAAAAUCCCCUACUCUGACGUGAACAUUGGUAAAGGAACUGCUCACCCUCCACGCUGGACCACAGACAGCACAGUCGCAGAGGUGACCAGCAUUCAGCUGGAGUUCCGAGAGCUCAGCCGACUCACAAAGGACCCGCAGUACCAGAAUGCAGUGGAGGAGGUGACCAGACAGGUCCACCGACUGGAGGGAAAGCGUGAUGGUCUGGUGCCCAUGUUCAUCAACACAAACAGUGGGAAAUUCACACGUCGAGGGGCCUUUACGCUGGGGGCCCGUGCGGACAGCUACUACGAGUACCUGCUCAAACAGUGGCUGCAGGGUGGCAAGAAAGAAACUGAGCUGCUGGAGGACUAUCUUCAGGCUAUAGAAGGCGUCAGAAAGAAUCUAUUGAGACAGACUUCUCCUAGUAAACUGACCUUUGUUGGGGAGCUGUCCAACGGCCGUCUCAAUCCCAAAAUGGAUCAUUUGGUGUGUUUUCUUCCUGGCACGCUGGCUCUCGGUGCUCACAACGGCCUGCCCGCUGAUCACAUGGAGCUGGCUCUGCAGUUGAUGGAGACGUGUCAUCAGAUGUAUGCGCAGAUGGAGACGGGCCUGAGCCCAGAGAUCGCUCACUUUAACCUGCAGUCCAACAACGGACGGGACAUCGAUGUGAAGCCUGCAGACAGACACAACUUGCUGAGACCUGAGACUGUUGAGAGUCUGUUCUACAUGUACAGAUUCACCAAGGACAGCAAAUACAGGGACUGGGGUUGGGACAUACUGCAAAGUUUCAAUAAGUACACCAGAGUCCCCAGCGGGGGCUACACCUCCAUAGGUAACGUCCGUGACCCCUUGAACCCUGCGCCCAGAGAUAAGAUGGAGAGUUUCUUCCUGGGUGAGACGCUAAAGUAUCUCUUCCUCCUGUUCUCUGAUGACAACGAGCUGAUCAGUCUGGAUAAGUACGUGUUCAACACCGAGGCCCAUCCGCUGCCUAUAUGGCCCUCCACCUCAUGAGGGCGGAGGCCAGAAUUAAGCUAAUCCUCACUUGCAGUGAUGUUGGCUUCAACAGGAAAGGAUGCAGGCUUUCACAGGAAGUGACCUUCUCUGCAGUGAGUUACUCAAGUGAGCAGGAAUGUUUCUGCUCUAAACUGAGGUGGCAGGUUACGCACCGAUCUUUAACUGUGCAUUUGAGAUUUAUUCAAAUGCUGUGACACUCUUUAUUCACCCAGAAGAUUUGGAUUCACCCAGAUUUGGUGGCGGUUUUAUGGGUGGUGAAAUAUCACAAAUAUCGUUCCCAAUUUUUACUUUACAAGACUUCAUUUACCUUUGAGCUCAUGGGACGCCUGAAAAGUGUGACACUCUUGCAUGUUGGACAAGCCCAUUCAGCUGCCGCAAUUUUUAGAUGUUCCAUCUUCCAUAUUUUGGAAAGAAACAUUAGUGUCAGAGUGCUGUAAAUCACACGGCAGACUGCUGAAAUCACACACUGUGAAAAACACAAAGCACUUUGUAAAAUGAAGACUUCUUUUUCUUUUUUUUUUGUUAACAUUGUUCUUUCUAUGUGUACAGAUGGAUGCUCUCGAUGUGAGUGGCUCGCCUUUAUUUUUGCAGGCUGUUACAAAAGGACUCUACGUGUCAAUUUCUAAAUGUUUCCCUUUUGUGAGAGUCAGGAUGCAUUAGGGAACAUAUUGAGUACUUUACAGAUCAUCAUCUCGAGAUUUAUUUGGGAACCUUCUGGGAUUGUGUAUUUUUCUGUUAUUUAUGUUGACUUUAGUGUGCGUACUUCAGUGAAUGUUAAUGAUUUGAUGUAGUGAAUGCCGCCCGAAGCCCUGCUUGAAAUGCUGCACUGUAGAUUUACUUUAUUAUUUACAAAUUUUGGAAGCUGUUGUGCGGCACUGGAUGCUACAUUUAGCUGAACUGCAUUCAGAUGUGUAUAUAUGUUAAUUUAUUCAUUCAAAUUUCACAGCAAAACUACAUUGAAAACUUUGUUUGAAGGUUAAACUGUCUGAUCAACAGUCAACAUCACAUUAAAGCUACAAAAUUUCCCUUGUCGUAUUGGAACACAGUGGUAAUUUAUAUCCCCAUGCUGCCAUCUGUUUCAAUAUGUUUGAUGAUUGUAGAGAUUAAAUUAAUCAUUCACCCAACAAUGAAAUGAAAACACCAUCAUUUACUUGAUCCAAACCUGAAAUACUUUUUUUCUGGGCAAUUCUGAAUGAAUUUCUCCUUUAAUGUUCCACAAAAGAAAGUUUUACAGGUUUG